AUGAGUAACAGUGAAAUAAAACAAUUUUUCAAAAACCAGACCAUUUUCAUAACGGGCGGAACCGGGUUUUUGGGCAAACUGAUCAUAGAAAAACUGUUGCGAGAAUGCUGGGACUUGAAGAAAAUCCUCGUACUAGUGCGCCCCAAAAAGGGUAAAACCCCACAAGAACGACUUAACGAAAUUUUGGAACGUCCUUGUUUCCACCACAUUAAAAACAAAAAUGUUUGGGAAAAAAUAUGUUUGCUGGAAGGUGACUGUGACAAGCCCUUUCUAGGACUCACCGACAAAGACAUUGAGGUUUUGAAAAAUGAAACGACUUGUAUUAUCCAUGCCGCGAUUAGAGUUAAGUUUUAUCAAAGUCUUAGGGAAUUGAGUUGGCACGUUAGAGCGACUAGGGAUCUUGUGGAGUUCGCUAAAGACAUGAAAAAUUUCAAGGGUUUUGUUUACAUUUCUUCACAAGGUGCGUGUUGCCUUCGCAACCAUAUUAAAGAAAUAGUUUAUCCUCCACCCAUAAAACCAGAAACUUUGCUUAGUUUAGUAGAAACGUGUGACGACUCCGUUUUGGAAAAAAUUACACCUGGGCUCUUGCAUGGGUGGUACGACUCGUACUGCUAUAUAAAAUCCAUCACAGAAGAUUUAGUCAAAACUUCUGGUGACCUAAUACCCACAACAAUUAUACGUCCAUCAAAUAUUUCAAGUACGCUGCAGGAACCUAUUGAAGGUUGGAACGACACAAGUCUUGCUGCUGUGAGUGUAAUAAAAGGGAUGUGCAUGGGACUUGUACGAACUUUAAAUGUGUAUCCGGAAAUCCCGGUACAUACGGUCCCAGCAGACUAUGUGGUAAAUUUUACUCUGGCCGCAGCAUGGAAAACUGCCCAAAAUUCCUUCAACACAACCAUGGUCUACAACUGUACCGGUGAAGGUCUAAGCUGUGAAAAAUUGUUGGAGUACCUGGAGACAUUUUACUUCGAAUUUCCUUCGAUGAAAUACCUAUGGUUCGCCUCAGUCACUUUCAGACGAAGCAAAUUUUGGCACCAGGUUUGGUUAACCUUUUACACAUUCAUCGUUUAUGUUUUCGAUUUCGUAUUUUUGUGUACCGGCAACCCCACUAAUUACGCUACGUUGUAUAAAAAUGCAUAUAGACAAAUAGAUGUCCUUACAAACUUUUGUAGGCGACGUGUACAAUGUGACACUACAAAUGUUCGCACUUUGUGGAAAAACAUGUCCCAGGAUGAUAAAACCUUGUUUGAAUUCCAUACAGAAAAAAUUUAUACGUAUGACGCCGUUAAAACGAUGUUUUUGGGAAUGAGGCUAUAUUUGUUGAACGACCCUAUUGAAACAGUCCCCGCAGCCCGAAAACGUUUGAGAAAGUUAUACAUCUAUAGUCUAGUUACACUGGUCACUGCUUCCGAAGAACCGAAACCGGGUAAAAAACACAACAAUGUAAAAAAUCUUUGUUGCUAA